AAAAACUUUCCUUUCACAACACUGUUUUUGACAUUUACAAAAUUCCGUGAAAUUUUCCGCAACGUGCUUUUUAACUUUUCUCGCACACGUCUGCAAUUAUUUUGAAAUACGACUUAAUUGUCGGAAAACCAAUAAAUUUGGUUUCUUUUUAAGUUAAACGAGAAAUGUUAGGAAAUUGUGAAGUAGGAAUAACGCAGUUUAGUAAAGGUGAAGUGAUUCAAUUAAAACGCGGAAGUAAAAGAACAAUACAUACACUUGAGUUUCAUAAACGUAUGCACCCAGCUGCGGUGGAGGUUAAUCACAUUUCUGUGGUACAUUCUUAAAUAGCCAUCCCAAUUAUAACCUAUACGUUACGUUUUACAAAAUAUUUGUAGAACUAGUGAUUUCGCUUUGAAACGAUAUUUAACUGUGCAAUAAUGUCGUCGGUAUAUAGCGCUAAAACUGGGCUUUCGUCCAUCCUAAAAGCAUAUUCACCAGCUGAACGAGAAAGGGCCAAAAACAUAGCUAUCAACAAGGUUCGUUUUGAGAUACCCAAACAAAAGGGUAUCUUGGAUGCAGUCGAAGCCGUCAAUGCACACAACAACUUUCAGCCUUUAAAUGAAUUUGUGGCAUUUCUAAAGGAAACUGAAAUAAGCGACAAUGAAUUUUCGCAAAUAAUGUCGGAUGCACACAAAUUAAUAUAUGAUUUAAGUCCAAAAUUCACCAAUAUGGUAGAGGCACUCAUCUCGCUACCAUGGACAAAAAGACAACCAGCGGCAUUGCAAGCUUAUACAGAAUUUUAUAUUGAUAUUAUGGUUGCACACAAUAAAUAUGUGGAAUUCGGCAUACCCAAGUUGAUUUCAUUGUGGAUACCAGCUGAUGCUGAUGAGUCAAUGUGGCCAAAUGGCACACCAAUAGAUAAUGUUAAGAUAGAAUUAGACGCAAUACAUCAUUUGUUGGAUCGCAUUUUAACAGCUAUACCAAUGAGUUUUGAAGUCGUGCUGGAAACUAUUGAAAAUAAGUUUCCAUACUUCAAGAAAGCAACUCAUGUAAUCGCCGGUUAUGUACAUAACGUGCUUUGGUUAACUGAAUAUAAACCCAUCUUCACCGAAUUCGUCAUGCAAUUGUUAAUACAAAAAUUGGUUGUGUUGGAUGUCAAUGCACCAAGAAGUGAAAUAGAGGAAACAGAAUGUGAAGAGGAUGAAGAUUUGGAAGAAGAAAAUGAGGACCAAGAAAUUUUUGAAAUGGACGAUUGCCAAAAAUCUUCUGGCAUUAAUCAAAAGGACGAUGAUUUGUUGCCAAUGAAGCAUGCUAUUGCGCAUACACUCGAUAUUUGCAUGGAGAAAAUGUUUAAUUUCUUAGAUACAAGAAAUCCGUAUGCUCUCAAUGUUACCGCAGAACAAAGACUGCAACUGAACAAAUUUUGGAAAGUGCUGCUUACAGCUUUUGAUAAUGUGAUAUUGCCUUCCCACAAUACGCACCAUGUGCAGUUUUUAUUAUUUUACCACAGUAGUUUUAAGAACACAAUCGCAGAGGCUUUUCUACAAUCCCUUUGGGACAAAAUUAAAAAUCCAAAUGUGUCGGCAGUCAUACGACAGGCAGCUGUUGGUUACAUAGCCAGUUUCUUGGCGCGUGCAAAAUUUUUGCCACUACAAGUACUAAAAUACUACUUGAAAGAACUCUGUGAUUGGGCGCAUCAGUAUAUUCAACGCUGUGAUCAGUACCGUCAAAAUGGUUCCUUGAAAGCCAACAUUGUAUUUUUCUCACUGUGCCAAGCUGUUUUCUAUGUUAUCGCAUUUCGCAGUCGCGAUUUAACGGCUGACAGAAAAAGUUUACUGUUCCUACAAUCUCUACAACUGUCCGCAAUAGUUACUUGCAACUUCAAUCCACUACGCGUCUGUCUGCCCGCUGUGGCCACUGCAUUUGCUGGCGUAACGCGUGCCUAUCAGUUGGCCUAUUGUCAUGCGAUAUUGGAACGAAAUGCACGUCGUAAAUUAGCAACAGUGUAUGCUAAUGAUACCGCCACACCAGAAGAAACACUUGACACAUUCUUUCCCUUUGAUCCGUAUUUAUUGAAAAUGUCGGAGAAAAAAAUUACACCACAUUAUCUGCAAUACCAAGCCAGUGAAGCUGAGGAGGCAUCCGUAGUUGCCACACAUAUGUCGCCACUGCGGCAGCGCAAACGUGGCGAUUCUGAAAUGUGUGAUGACAUUGAUGAUUUCAUAGUAGCUGAUAAGCGUCAAAAAAUUAUGGAAUUAGCGCGUAGUCAGGAGCGCGAAGCGCAAUUCACAUACGGACUAUCGCCGGGUUUUCAUAUGUAAAUGGACUUGAUAUUGGCGUAUUGGUGCUGUUUCCAUUAUUUAGUUAAUUUUCUUCAACUGUUGCACUAGGUGUUAUAUUCACAGAAACAUAUUUUUUUAUGUUUGAAAGUUGUGAUUUUUAGUAAUUUAUUUUUAUUUUUUUGAGGAUAUUUAACCUAAAUUAUUUGUGCAACAGCAUGUUUGGGCCACUUUAAUAGAUACUUUUGCGUUUAAAGUAUAGACUAUUGUAAGACUUGUAAAAAAUUAGUUUUUCAAAAGAAAUGUAUUUUCGUUUCCAUAUAACAAUGAAAUUAUUUAAGUUUAGUUAGUGUAGAUGUAGUAGUUGUAAAAGUUGUACAACAGUGAAAUCAAAAUAAUAUGCAUACAAUGAA